AUGCAAUUUAAGACUACCGUGGCAAGUCCUUCAUUAGCGGCGUCACAUCUCUUUGAUGUUGUUGUUUUUGCGGGUGGGACGGCAGAUAGUCUCAGCCCACUGUGCAACAAUGAGCCGAAGCCCAUGCUUUGUAUCUGCAAUCGGCCCAUGAUAUGGUACUGCCUGUACCCCUGGUACGCCGCCGGCUGUCGUACUUUUUUUGUUUCCGUCAACGAGGACUACGCGGCGUUGCAGAGUUAUCUUCGUCGGGAGUUUUCGGAUGUGGAGUUUGUCUUUGUGCUGGUGCCCUUCACGCAGAAUGAGGCGCCGUCAACCACCUGUGACGUUGUGAAGGCAUAUUUGAAGCACAAGGAGUCCUUGUUGCCGAAUAAGUUGGGUCAUGCACGUGAUGCCCUGCUCCUCAGCUGCGACACACUUCUGCCCGGAUUGGACCCCGAGCCUUUUAUUCGCAAUUUUUACUGUUCAGUGGCGUCGGUGUCGGUUCUUUUGUUUCGUCCGCUGAAGUGCACGCGCUCAUCAACGGUGACGGAGGCAUCAUCGUCAGGCGGGGCAAAAACCAACAAGGGGCACGGUGCUGGGUUUCCUGUAAAGCCGUAUGCAUACCGUUACACCUGCACCGCGUAUGAGGAGACGGAUGAGGAUGACAACGGUGCCUCGACGACGAAUUUAGGGGAAGACGGUGAGGCCGUUGGGGACACCAAGGGGGCCUGUAGUUAUAGGUUGCACUUCAUGUGCCCAUAUGAAGAGAGACAAGAACUUCGUAUUAGCAUGGGAUUUGCGGGUCGUCGACCAAAUCUCACCUUUUCUUCUGACACAAUGGACGCACAUGCCUAUCUUGUGCGACACUGGGCAUUAAAUGCUAUCGCAGAGUCUGCGGGUAAGGGCAUGUCGGUACAGCGUGAUAGUAUCCCUUUUUUGGCUAGGAGUCAGCAUAGUAUAGUAAAUGAGAAUAAGAUGACGUUCCUACGUCCAGAUGGAAAGAUUAAGUAUAAUAUUCCAAAGCACUGGUUGCUUGAAAGCGACUCCUCUGUGAAUUUCCUUAAUGCUUCUCCGGGCCCUGUAUUGCCCUCAGAGGCGGAUAAUCUUCUUGUAUGCUGCACCAUUUACGAAGAAAGGCCGGAGAAAUGCAUGCGUGUUUACCGUGUCAGGACAAGGGAGGAUUAUAUUGCAGUGAAUCAAGAAAUUUUGGCAGCAAAAUGUCAAUUACUGGAAAUGAAUGAGGUUAAUGGAAGGAAUAGUAUGAGAAUCAGCAGCUUCAGCAGCAGAAGCACACGCACAUCUCAGCAAAAAGAGAGACUGGGACAAACUCAGAGGGUUUUGCGAACUUCUAUGGAGAGGAAGUCUAUAAAUACAGCUGCGGAUUCUGCGCGAUUGCCUUUUUCCGCCUUUGCGCUAAGCGGAUUAGUGAGUAAUGCCGCUUUUACGAUACACAAGACUGAUACUUCUAGACAGAUUAAUAUCAUUCACAGUUUUUUGCGCACCGAGCCGACGUGCAAGGCCACCAUUGCCCGUAGUAUCGUUGGCAACAACGUGACACUUGGGCCAGACGUACGUAUCACGAAUAGCAUCAUUUUGGAUAAUGCUGAAAUUGGUGCAGCUGCGAUCAUCUCCAACUCUGUUAUCGGUUCAUCGGCGAUGGUAAAUUCCGGGGUGCGUGUUGUGAGUUGCACGGUGGGCCCGCAGUGUCUCGUGGAGUCAAACGAGACCGACAGAGUGAUUCGCGCGUAA